AUGUGGAGCCAGGAGAAGGUGGAGAAGGGUCAGGGUGACCUUGUGGUGGGCAGCCAGGUGGAGGAAGGGUAUGGAUUUAUCAACAUCUGUCUGCAGUCUCUUGUGACAGAGAAAUUUGGUGAAGAGACAUGGGAACAAUUAAAAGCUGCCACGGAAGUGCAAGAUGCUUUCAUGACUUACACCGUGUAUGAUGAUGCCAUCACCAUUAAGCUCAUCCACGAGGCCUGCAAGAUUCUGGGUGUCUCCAUGGAAGCGAUUUUGAAACUCUUUGGGGAAUACUUCUUUAAGUUCUGUAAGGUGUCUGGCUAUGACAGGAUGCUGCGGACCCUGGGAGGAAACCUCACAGAGUUUAUUGAAAACUUGGACACCCUCCACAGUUACCUGGCGCUGUCUUAUCAGGAGAUGAAUGCACCAUCGUUUCGAGUGGAAAGAGCUGUGGAUGGGAAAAUGCUGCUCCAUUACUACUCAGAUAGAAAUGGGCUGUGCCACAUUGUACCAGGUAUCAUUGAGGCUGUGGCCAAAGAUUUCUUUGCCCUUGAUGUGACCAUGGAGAUCCUUGACAGGAGUGAGGAAGUGGAGAGGACAGGGAAGAAGGAGCAUGUUGUAUUUCUGAUUGUGCAGAAGGUUUGCAGGAAGAUGAGAAAGGCAGCGCCAGACAGGCUACGAGGCAGCCAGGAUGCCCACGGAGAGUGCCAGGCCCGCCAGGCAGCUCUCCUUAGGAUGAAGGAGAGAUAUUCAAUCAUCUCUGCUUGUCCUAUGAAGAAAUCUCCCUGGGGUGUUGUGAAAAGCAUAGUCAUGUUUGGGAAAGAGCAUCUUGUGAACACCUUUGAGCCGGUCUAUCCUGAGCGGCUGUGGAUUGGAGAGGAGACAUUCUGCCAUGCUUUCCCGUUCCACGUUGUGUUUGAUGAAUCACUGAGGAUCAAGCAAGCUGGAGUGAAUAUUCAGAGGUUUGUGCCAGGACUCCAAACCCAGAAGGCUCGAUUAGAUGAGUAUUUCUCCAUCAUUCAUCCUCAAGUUACCUUCAACAUUUUCAGCAUCUGCAAAUUUAUCAACUGUCAGUUUGUCCUGAGGACACGAAGGGGAAUGCUGCCUGAGACAUGGAGGAGUCGGCCCAGGCUGGAACUCCGAGGCCAGAUGAUCCGGAUGGAGUCCACGCGCUGCUUCCUGUACCUGUGCUCACCCAAGCUCCGCAGCCUGCAGGAGCUGGAGGAGCACGGGAUGCACCUCUCCGACAUCGCCCCACACGACGCCACCCGAGACCUCAUCCUCCUGAACCAGCAGCGGCUGGCUGAGAUGGAGCUGUCCCGCCAGCUGGAGAGAAAGAAGGAGGAGCUGCAGGUCCUCUCUCGGCACCUGGCCAUCGAAAAGAAGAAAACAGAGACCCUGCUCUAUGCCAUGCUGCCGGAGCACGUGGCCAACCAGCUGAAGGAGGGCAAGAAGGUCGCUGCAGGAGAAUUUAAAACCUGCACAAUCCUUUUCAGUGACGUGGUGACAUUUACUAACAUCUGUGCUGCCUGUGAGCCUAUCCAGAUAGUGCAUAUGCUGAACUCCAUGUACUCCAAGUUUGACAGAUUAACCGGCGUCCACGAGGUCUACAAAGUAGAAACGAUAGGAGAUGCUUACAUGGUUGUCGGGGGCGUCCCGGUGCCUUCUGGGAGCCAUGCUCAACGAGUGGCUAACUUUGCCUUGGGGAUGAGGUUUUCUGCAAAAGAAGUGAUGAAUCCUGUGACUGGAGAACCCAUCCAGAUCAGAGUGGGGAUACAUACUGGACCAGUCUUAGCAGGGGUUGUGGGUGACAAGAUGCCACGGUACUGCUUGUUUGGUGACACCGUGAACACAGCCUCUAGAAUGGAAAGUCAUGGGCUUCCAGACAAAGUGCACCUCAGCCCCACAGCCUACAGAGCCCUGGAAAAUCAAGGGUUUGAAAUCAUUGAGAGGGGUGAAAUUGAAGUGAAAGGAAAAGGGAAAAUGACCACAUACUUUCUGAUUCAGAAUCUGAAGGCCACAGAGGAUGAGAUCAUGGGCCGCCCUACAACUCAGGCUGAUCACCAAGGCUUGUCCCUGUCCACCACCAGGUGCCAAGGGUCAGCUCGUUUUUUCCCCGAGCACUCAUCUCCUGCAUACUGGUACGACGCUGAACAGCCCGAACUUCUGUCCAGCCCCACAAUAGACACCUGA